AUGGAUACCUUACCAGUUGACCCUUUAUCAAAUUAUAAGCUAAUCAAAGAAUUGAGAGCUGGAGGUGAAGGAAAGGCCAUAUUAAUGGAAAAGGAUGGUCAAAAAUAUGUUUGUAAACAAAGAAUAUUUGAAAAUAUAUAUGAAGCCAAUGCUGGUUUAAAAGAGGCAUACUCUUUGGCAAGUAUUAAAAAUGAAAAUAUUAUUGCAUUUGAAGAAGUAUUCCUUAGAACUGUACCUGGUGAUGACCAUAUUUAUCUGUGUAUCAUCACAGAGUUUUGUUCAAAGGGUGAUUUGUUGGACUUUUUAUUUGAAUUUACUGCCGUUCAUGGAGGCCUGGAUAAAACAUUGGAAACAUCAUUACAUCUCGACUCGAAUUCAUCUACCACAUCCACUUCAUCUGCCACCUCAUUCACAGCCGACACUAUUGACAAUACACUUACCUCUGGUAGUAUUAGUAGUGUUGGAAGUGCAACUGAAGAUAUUAAACCACCACAACCACCAGUUGUCAUUAUCAACAACAAUAAUAAUAGUAGUCAAUCAACAACCCCACCACCACCAGCCAAACUUGAAGCACAGCUCUCAUUUCAAAUGAGUCUCCUUUCACAACGUAUCUCUGAAGAUCAACGAUUCAUAGUAUCUCAUGCCAAAGAGUUGAUUCAAAAGGUCAAAGAAAAGAAACCAUGUUCUCCAUCACCACUACCCAAAGAAUCCAGUAAACCAACUCUGACCGUUCCAAAUAAUAAUAAUAAUAGUAGCGAGGAAACCACAUCAUCAAGAUCAUCAUCUCUAUCUAGUAUAUCACUCGCACCCAUUUCAGAUACUGUCUAUAUUGAUAAAUCGAUAUUGAUCGAUUGGUUAACACAACUUUGUUUGGCUGUACAAUCAUUACAUCGUGAACAUUUAAUUCAUCGGGAUAUCAAGAGUGAGAAUGUAUUUAUCGGUGCAAAUGAUACCCUCAAAAUUGGUGAUUUUGGUUUGGCAACCAAAGCAAGCAGUACCACCAAAAAUGAAGGAAGAGUUGGAACAUACAUCUAUUCAGCACCAGAAGUAUUGAAUGGUAAAUCAUACGAUAGAUCAGCCGAUAUAUUUUCACUUGGUUGUGUAUUCUAUGAACUCAUUACACUCAAACUAUUGGUUCAAAAUAGAAGAUACUUUGGUGAAGAAAUAUUACAAGAUAAAUUUGAUAAAAUGAAAUUCCUUUCUGAUUUUCCACCUCAACAUCAACAUUUAGGACCAUUAGUAUUAAAAAUGUUGGAUGGAAAUAGUACACUUAGACCAUCGAUUGAAUCAAUCAUUGAUAAAUUAAAUGGAACUCAGAAAUUGUCAAGCAAGAAACUUACAACCAAUUUCAAUGGAAUUAGAAAACAAUUGGGUAAGGGAGAUGUCAAGGAAGCAUCUGAAGUUUUGGGAAGAGCUCUUUCAAAUGAUCCAAGAUUUAUUAAAUUAUUCCCACCCGAAGAUCCAGAUUCAAAGGAUAUUAUCUCUGAAUUUAUGAAAUUUACAUUAAAGGUUUUCUUAAAGAGAAGAGGUCAAAUUUGGGGAUACUAUGGUAAAGAUCAUAAAUUACAAAGUGUUUGUAUAUGGCAUACACCAGACCAGAAAAAGGAAAUCAAAAAGGCUGAUAUAUUGGUUGGUAAAUUAAAGUUUGUCACCAAAGUUGGCAUUUCUAAAUGUAGGAUGGCAGGUCAGACAAUGGGAGCAAUCAACGAUUUGAUUUCAAAGGAGAAUGGUGACAAGAAUUGGUUCCUUCCAUACAUUGGAACCGAUGACCAAUACAGAGGAAAUGGUGUUGGUACCUAUCUCGCCGAACCAGUUCUCGAGUGGGCCGAUCACAGUGGCUAUCUCUGCAAGACACUUUGUUUCUCAAAAGACAGUUUCCCAUUUUUCCAACGACUCGGUUUCGAAGUAGACAAGGAAAUUAAAGGUGGAUCAUUACCAUCUCAUAUCGAAGCUAUAUAUAUUUUAAAGAGAUCUCCAAGAGUUAUUUCAGAUUAA